CGUUUCUGCAAUCGGUCCGAUACCCUCGCCGUAGUCGCGGUCCUAGCGCGUGUUCGGUGCCUUUGUCCCUCUGCUAGCCAGGUACCAGUUCAUCACGACCAGUGGAAGGGACAGGACCUCGGGAGACGCCGGGCGCGGUCACGUGAACGUCAAAUCCCACAGAAUGCUGAAGUUCCGACUCUUCAACCGCCUAUCAUGGCGACGGAUAGCGCUGUUUGGGUCCGGGUGUGCGCUGUUUUUGUUCCUGGUGUUUACCCUCACUCCGAUUAUUGCGCCCUUGCCUAGGUACACGGGACCGCAUGAGGUGGGCGUGCUGGACAUUGAGACGGAGGUGGAGAGGAGGGUGGUGUUUAGUGAGGCCGUGUUGAAGGAGAGUGGGGUGAAGGCUUUUGAGCUUAACACCCUAGCCAUCACACUCUACUACCCAUCCAUCCCCCGUCCCCCCGGAUCCUCAGGUCCCCAACCUCUCGCCCGUCCCUGGCUUCCUCAACCCCUCGCCCCAAUCGGCACUGGCUACGCCCGCAUGCUAGGGAUCUACUGGCGACCUCUUCAACUCCUCUUAACCGGCACCCUCUGGGCGCUCGGCUCCAAGACAGUCAUCCCCGGCAUCGUCGACGCACCCUUGAUUCCCGCCACCGAGGUCGUUCUCGUAAGCCAAGAUGGCGACAUGCACGAGCCAAAGGGAUCCCUGAUAGAGCAAGCUGAGAACGCGAAAAACGACAGCGAAAAGCUGGAACUGAGGAGCAAUCAUUUCGGAGCGAGGAAAUUGCCCCUUGUUGUCUUCUCUCACGGUAUGGCCGGCAUGUCUCAAUCAUAUUCGCACUAUUUGGGCUCGAUUGCCAGUCAUGGCUAUGUUGUUGCGGCCGUGGAGCACAGAGAUGGAAGCGGUCCAGGUUCGAUUGUGCAUUUCGCGAAUGGAACAUCGAAGCCCGUUUGGCAUGUGCAGCUGCACGAUUUGGAAGCAGACCCCCCCAUGACCCUCUCCCAACUCAAAACCGCCCAGCUCGCCUUCCGCGAAUCCGAGAUGCUCGAAACGAUCCGCCUCUUCCGCCGCCUCAACGCAGGCGCCGGCACCAACUUCACCAACCUCAAACCGGACAGCCCGGAGACGUCGCUCCCGGGCUUCGAGAACCGCCUCGACCUCGACGCCGUCACCGUCAUCGGGCACUCGUACGGCGCCACGGGGAUCCUGCAGGCGCUCAAGGGCGCGCGCGACAAGGAGACGCCGCUGAAUGGCGGGAUCGCGCUGGACCCGGGCAAAGCGUCGGGACCGCUGAACCAUGACAUCGAUGUCCCGCUGCUGGUGAUGCAGUCGGGCGAAUGGACAGACACGAAGCCCGAUCUCGACUUCUACGGCCAGGGCCCGCAUUUCUCCGUCGUGCAGCGGCUCGUCCGGGGCGUCAAGAAGGGAUGGUUCAAGACGCUCCGGGGCACGGCGCACCCGAGCUGUACGGAUGCGCCGCUCAUUGUGCCGUGGAUCAUGAAGAUGGUGAUGGGGACGACGCUGGAGGCCAGGACGGCGCUGGAGGAGUAUAUUGAUGUCAGUGUGGGGUUUUUGGAGUUUUUGAGGACGGGCAAGGGACCGACGCAGAUGGUGCUGCAGAGUGGAGUUACCAGUGAGUGGGGACCGCUUGGGGAAGAAGGGAAGAGGGGAGUUGUGAGGGGAGAGAAGGGCGGGGAGUGGGAGGUUCAUGCUGUGCCGAGGGGAUAGAGCCUGUAGGUGAAGGGGUCGGGAUGGUAGGAGGUAGUGGUUGCGAGGCACCUAAUUGCAUUAUUAUGUUUAUUCUUAUUACACAGAUGAAACAG